AUGGCAUUAUUAAUUGAAGAGGACCACUGUCUAAACGUGUCAGAUGACCCAGAGAGGAAGGACAAUCAGGAGAAAGAUUUUGUUCCUUCAACUGAUGAACUUUAAGAUGAAAUUAUCAAACAGGUUGAGUUGUUUUACUUCUCUGAUGCGAAUAUCUUAAAAGAUGCUUUCUUGCUUAAACAUGUGAGACGAAAUAAACUUGAUUAUGUGAGUAUAAAACUGAUCACAUCAUUCAAGAAAAUGAAAAGUUUGACUAAAGAUCGUGUAGUAGCUAAUAGUCUGAGGCAGUCAAAUCAUUAUCAGCUUGAAAUAAAUGAGGAAGGCAAGAAAGUUAGAAGGAAAAACCCAGUACCAGAAUAUGGUGAAACAACGCCAUCAAGAUCAGUGCUCGCAAUAAAUUUGCAUAUGGAGACCCCAUCAAUUAAGAAUAUUGCUGAAAUGUUUUCGAAAUAUGGUGAAGUAGCUAUGAUACGCAUUCUUAAACCAAAAAUGUAUGUUCCUCAAGAUAUUAAAUAGCAUUCUAAUAAACAUCCUGAAAUUGGUACAACUACUUGUGCUGUAAUUGAGUUUGAAAACACGAGCAUGCAAAAAAAAGCUGUAGAUACAAUGUGUGAUAAAGAUGAUUGGAAGAAAGGUUUGCGGGUUGUGCUGUUGUCUGAAAACAAGAAAAAGGCUGAGAAAGUGAAUGAUAAAGAUCAUAAUGAAAAACGUGAUGUUCAUGAAGGAAGUGAUGGUAGAAGGAAUAAAAAUAGACAUUUAGAUUCUGCCAAUCAUGAGAAUUCACAUGUAGGUCACAUGACAACUGGGAUUUAA